AUGCUUUUCUGCCGGCAAAGAGUGUACUUGGGCCGAAGCGCCACGAAGGACAAGGAAGCUGCGGGCACCCUCGUCGAACAAAAGAUCGAUGGGCUCGUUGCUAAACUCGUCCACGCGGCUGCUGAGACUGAACUCACGACCGAUUCUGCGAGUGCAUCACAGCCGACUCCUAGAGAAACCAGAGCAGAGACGUGGCAGAAACGGGGAGUAAUCAACGUUACACCCGGAAGCUGGAUACCGACACCAUCUUUCGAGACCAACACCUUGCAACAUGAGAACAGCACCGAGGCCGCGUCAGAAAGUGCUGAAGUCGAUCGACAGUACCUCGAAAGUCUUCGCAGCAUACACAGAUACAGUGAUCGUGAAGAUGCUCCUCCGGCUCCUGAGGGCUUUUUUAGGCCGUCAAGACGCCCCGAAGCACCCAUUGAACACGAAAUUGUUCAACAAAUGCUAUGUUCAGGUGAAGCUGACGUACUGUUGAACGAGUAUCGUAACAUAUCGGCAACGUUCCCUUUCGUAAUGCUACCUCCGCAGAUCACUGCUAAACAGUUGCACGAGCACAGACCUAUGCUCUUACUGGCUGUCAUUCUGGUAUCAUCAUGGAAAGAACACACACGCCAGAUGCAGCUUGAUGGUGUCUUUCGCACAGAACUUGCUCAUCGAACGAUUAUCCAACCCCGCAGGACACUGGGCCUAGUUCAAAGUGUAUUGGUCUACUUGUCAUGGUAUGCCAGUGCUCACACUCCGUCAUAA